AAUGCUGGAGUCUGAGCCGACAUGAUGGGACUGGAUGUACAGUAUCAACACUCGCUGCCCAGGAGCUGCUUGGCUGAGGACCAAAGGCCUCAGCCUAAAGGCAGGGGAAGGGGGAGGGGGCGGCCCACAAUCUGUGCACAUGGAGGAGGCGUGUGCACGUCGGUGAAGGAGGAGGGCGGGUGUGAGAAGUGGGUGGAGAUGUGACUUGGGAGCGUGUGGAGGUGUUCCUUGCUGCACUUUGGUGCAGCUCGGUUCAGAGUGGCCUCGCGUUCGGCUGCUGAAACCAAUGCCUUCUGCUGCUGUUCCGGCUCCUCAUGGACCUCAUGGAAAACCUCUGCGGAGCAGGUGGGCCGUCUCCACUCCACCAGAGGAGGUGUGAAGUUUGAGGAGAAAGUUUUCCUGGAAAAGUUACUAACUGGACCUCAGGCCUGAGGUCGACGAUGGAACUUCUGAGGAUGGCGACCUCAAGAACAACCCGCCUCAUCUUAGCGGCAUUGCUGCUCCACGUAGUCCGGGGUCUGAUGGCAAAAGGGAAGAACGGUUCUCCACUCAGGUUUACUCACCAUCUAUACAACGCCACCAUCAACGAAAACUCUCCGCCGCACAUGUAUGUGGAGACGCCAGUAAAAAUGGGAAUACAAGUGACAGACUCCCUCUGGGACAUCCAGUACACCAUCGUUGUCGGUGAUGAUGAUGGCCUUUUCCAAGCAGAAGCUCUCUCGGUUGGAGAUUUCUGCUUUCUCCGGCUGAAGACGCGCAGCAGCUACUCAGCUCUGUUGAACAGGGAAGUCCGAGACACUUACACCCUCACGGUGGAGGCCACAGAAGGCAUUUUUGACCUCAAAGCAAAGACGAAAGUCGUUGUGCAGGUGCUCGACACGAACGACCUGAAACCUCUGUUCUACCCGGCCUCUUACAACGUGGCCAUCAGAGAGGACACUCCGCUGAAGUCCAGCGUGGUUCGAGUCAGCGCCACGGACGCUGACGACGGCAGCAACGCGGAGUUCUACUACUCAUUCACCAGCAGAGCUCACCCGUUUGCGGUCGACCCGUUCACCGGCACCGUGAGCCUCGUAAAAAAGCUCAACUACACCCAGACGCAGAAAUUCGAGCUGACUGUGCUGGCUGAGGACAGAACAAAAAGGAUAUCUGGUGUUCAGAAGUUUGGGAAUAGCGCCCAAGUCACAGUUUACAUAGAAAAGAUGUCCAUGGUCUCUCCAGAUAUAGCUCCUCCCCCAAAGCCGACAGUGUCUGCAGAUGGAGAAGUAGACAUCAGCGUCCAUGUGGAAGCAGGAGUUAAACCUGUGGAAAGCCUUAGCAUCGUAGCAGGAGAUCCUCACAAGUGUUUCCAGAUUAUCCCUUCAGGUGUGCAAGGAAACGACUUCCAAGUGAUCUCCACCAAGAGAAUCAUGUGGUCUCAAAGUCCGUUUGGACUUAAUCUGUCCCUUCAAGCCAAAGAUAGAAGUUCGCCAAGUUUACACUCUGCAAUAAAAGAAAUCCACAUUCCAGCGGAUCAUUAUACCCCCUUGACGUUUUUGGAGGACACCUACAUCGUCACCCUAAGUGAAUUCUCCCCCCUUAAAACUCAUGUCGCUAAAGUCUCCGUCUCAUCAGUUCCUCAUAACGUCACCUUUAGCAUUAAGAGCAACUCCGACAGCUCAGGUUUUAAAAUCAACCCCAAAACUGGAAUAAUUGUGACAGCUGCGAAAUUUGACUAUGAGAAAAAAGAUCGAUAUGAGUUUGAUGUUGUGGCCAAUCACGGCGAGGCAGAGACUCACAUUGUGGUUGAAAUCACAGAUGAAAAUGACAACAGCCCCCAGUUCUCACAGACGUCCUACCAGGCUGCUUUGGAUGAAAACAGUCCUGUUGGCAGCAGUGUUGUGAAAGUCACAGCGUGGGACAACGACAAGGAGCAAAAUGGUUUUGUGACUUAUUCUAUAGCACACUCAGAACCCUUGCCGUUCACGAUAGACCCUUUCACGGGUGUCAUCCUGACUUCAGAGCAUUUGGACUUUGAGCUGGCUAACCGGCUGUAUCACCUGCGGGUUUGGGCCUCAGACAGCGGCAGUCCUUUCAAUCAGGUCAGCGAGUGUCCCGUCACAAUAACCCUCAACAACAUCAACGAUAACGUCCCUGUGUUUGAGAGGGUGGGCUGCAACAUCACAGUACCACUCGAUUUACCGGUGGGUCGUGAAGUCGCCAAAUUGUCUGCCUUUGAUUCAGAUGAGCUCGAGCGGCUGCAGUACAUCAUCGAGUCCGGGAACGAGCUCCAAGUCUUUGGGAUCGACACGUUCUCUGGAGCCCUCAUCCUCAAAAAGCCAAUUCCUCCACAGGAGGGCUCAUUCACCUUUCGAGUUGUAGCUACGGAUGGUAAAUAUCACUCAGAGGCUUCAGUCGUCAGAGUGACGGUCAGAGACAAAGGUGACAAGCCAACGCUGCACUGCCUGGAAACGGGCGUUCAGAAGCAGCAAACGGACAAGCUGAUAGAGUCAAUGAAACCAGUUUUAGUCAAUAGAAAGGAAGAGUCCUUCUCUGACAAGCACAUCACCAACCGGCAUACUCCCAAGUUUGUGAAAAGUGUCCCCAGUUCCAUCGACGUUGCUGAGAAUCAUCCUCUGAACUCCGCCAUCCUUCAGUUCAAGGCGACAGACGGGGAUUCUGGGUUCAACAGUAAGGUGGUGUUCGCCCUGUCAAGUGGCAAUGAGGACGGCUGUUUCCGCAUCGACACGUUCUCAGGAGAGCUGCAGCUAGUUUGUGCUCUUGACAGAGAGAGUAAGGAGUUCUACAUUUUGAACAUCACAGCUUAUGACUUGGGAACGCCGCAGAGGUCCGUGUGGAAACUGAUGGCUGUCAACAUCCUGGAUGUGAACGACAACCCUCCCGCCUUCGACCAGCCCAGAUAUGUGGUAAGAGUGCCAGAGAACGCAGCGGUGGGCUCGGUUGUUUUCACAGCUCAAGCAGCAGACCCGGACACCGACAUGAGCGGGAAAGUCCAGUACUUCCUCCGGACAUCCACGGAUCUCUUUAGAGUGGAUGAGCUGACCGGAGAGGUGAUAGUGACGGGUCUGCUGGAUCGAGAAGUCUUAGCCAGUCAUAACCUGUGGAUCGAAGCGAGAGACCAGGCCAAGCUCGGCCCUCAGCUCUUCUCCACCAUCAGCUUAAUUGUAAUUUUGCAGGAUAUAAAUGACAACCCACCUAAGUUCAUACCCCCAAGGUACCACAUAAAAGUGGCAGAAGACGUUCCAGUGGGAACCAUUUUAGUGUGGGUGGAGAGUGUGGACUUAGAUCUGGGCAGUGCUGGUCUCGUUACCUACAACCUGAAGAGCACAGAGAGCGGCAUCUUCAACAUCGACCCCUCCACGGGAGCCUUGACUCUGGAGAGGGAGCUGGACUUUGAGCGGCGACCCAAGUACAACCUCACGGUCCGCGCGGUGGACCACGGCCUGCCGCGCUCCCUCUCGUCCUCCUGCUUUGUGGAGAUCCAGGUUCUGGACGUCAAUGAGAACCUCCACCGGCCCACGUUCUCAGAGUUUGUGUAUGAGGCUGCGGUCAUGGAGGAUGCGGCUGUGGGGAGCUCGGUGGUGACGCUCACCGCUUCAGACAAAGAUCUGGGCAGAGACGGAGUCGUCCGAUACCACAUCCACGAUGGCUCUGGACUUGGAGUUUUUUCCAUCGAUGAGGAAUCAGGUGUGAUCCGGACAUCGGAGCCGCUGGACCGUGAAGCCGUCCCUCACUACUGGCUCUCUGUGUUUGCCACCGACCUGGGAACCGAGCCUCUAGUAUCCUGGACCCACGUCUUCCUGGAGGUUCUGGACGUCAACGACAACGCUCCAGAACUUUCCCAGCCCAUCUACUUUGCGGCGGUCCAGGAGAACGUGGACAAAGUGAAGUCGGUCAUCCAGGUGUCGGCCACAGACGUGGACGCCUCCUCCGACGGGCAGCUCUCCUUCCAGAUGCUGGAGUCUCACCGCACCUUUUUUGACAUUGACCCCAAAACAGGUGUAAUCAGCACUCUGUCCGCUCUGGAUCGGGAGGAGAUGCCUGAACACAGCAUCGAGGUGGUCGUGUCAGAUAACGCCUCUCCCGCCCUGAGGUCCACCGCCACCGUCGUCAUCAAAGUCCUGGACUCCAACGACAACAAACCCAAGUUCACCGACAAGCUUUUCCACGUGCAGCUGCUGGAGCGCCGGCAGAAGUCCGGGAAACGGGACGUCUGCAGGGUGGUGGCCAGCGACGAGGACGAAGGCUUAAACGCCGUCGUGACUUACAAGCUUCAAGACAACAACGACGAGCGACUUCAGAUCGACCCGCUGUCCGGGGUGGUGACGUCCCACGGCGACUUCUGGCCGGGGAACUACAGCAUCCUCACGAUUAAAGCCACGGACGGCGGCAGCCCGCCGCGCUCCUCCACCACCCGACUGGACAUCGAGUGGAUGGCCAUCCCGCAUCCCUCCACAGACCCCAUCACGUUUGAGGAGCCACACUUUACUUUUGCCGUCUUGGAAACGGAGCCCGUCACCAACAUGGUGGGCGUCAUCAUGAUGGAGUCGCAGCGGCAGCGGCUGUGGUUCGACAUCACUGGUGGUGAUGAAGACAAAGACUUUGACAUCCAGAAGAACUCGGGCACCAUCACCAUCGCCCGCAAGCUGGACGCGGCGCGGCACUCCAACUACAACCUGACGGUGCAGGCCACUGAUGGGCACCACAGCGCCACCACACAGGCCUACAUCCGCGUUCUGGACAUCAACGAGCAUCGACCCGCCUUCCUGAAGCCGCUGUACGAGGUGAGCAUUCCCGAGGACACGUCUCCGUGGAAGGACAUCCUGCAGAUCAGCGCUCAGGACCUGGACUCCAACAGCAAGCUGGUGUUCUCCAUCCACAGCGCCGUUCCCCCCGACAGCACCAAGCUCUUCCACCUGGACCCGAAGAGCGGCGUGCUGGUGAUGACCGAAACGCUGGACUUCGAGAGGACCGCCAUUCACACACUCAUCGUCAUGGUGCGUGACCAGGAGAUCCCGAUGAAGAGAAACUUUGCGAAGGUUGUGAUCCACGUGGAGGACUGCAACGAUCACUCGCCGGCCUUCCUGAGCCCCCGCUAUGAAGCCAGCAUCUCUAACCUGGCCCCCACGGGCUCGGAGGUCGUCCGGGUCAAGGCCCUCGACAAGGACAUGGGAAGCAACGCCGACAUCAGCUACUCGCUGCAGUCCGGAAACGCUGACCAUCUCUUCUCCAUCGAUCCGGAGUCGGGCUCCAUCCGUGUCUCCCGGCCUCUGGGCCUCAAGCAUCAGGACCACUUUCAUCUGUCAGUGAAAGCCACGGAUCAGGGCUUCCCUCAGCGCUCAGACCUCUGCACCGUCCACCUGCACGUCCGCCUCUCCGACCGGACGCCCCCCACAUUCUCCACGGAUGAAUACCUGACAGAGAUCAGCGAGCUGAGCGCUCCAGGCACCCAGGUGGUGACGGUGUCGGCUUCCAGCCCUGCUGCAGUGCAUUAUGGGAUAGAAAGUGGCAACAUUAAUGGGAUGUUUUACAUCAACCCCUUCACCGGGCUGAUUUCAACCCAAAAACACCUGGAUUUUGAGGCCCACGAGUCCUUUAAGCUGGAAGUUGUUGCCUCCACCACAGCAGGAGCGUCGGCCAAGACCUCCGUCAGCAUCUAUGUGAUCGAUGAGAACGAUAACGCUCCGACUUUCCAACAGAGCGAGUAUCAGGGACACAUCAGCGAGUCUGCUCAUGUGAACAGCAUGGUGAUGGGACAGAGUAACACCCCGCUGGUCAUUCAUGCCUCUGACGCAGACAAAGGGUUUAACUCUUUGUUGACUUAUCAGAUCCUCGAACCGGAGGCGCAGAAAGUCUUCAAGAUAGACCCAAGCAUGGGCACCAUCUCCUUAGUUUCUGCUGUCGACUUUGAGGCCAAGGCUGAGUAUCACUUCACAGUGCAGGUGAAGGACUCCGGGGAGCCGUCACUGCGAGCAGCAAAGCCUGCCAAGGUCACUGUACGCGUUCUGGACCUGAACGACUGCCCGCCGCAAUUCGCCACGCCAGUCCUCCAGUCAUCCGUCAUCUGGCCAGCUGUCAGAGGCGCAGAGGUUGUUCAAGUCACGGCACACGAUGAUGACUCUGCAGUCUCAUACAGCAUCACUGAGGGAAAUCUUCACAAAGCUUUCUCAAUCCAUCCCAAUACUGGAGUCAUUACUGUGAACAACGUGUCGGAUUUCCAGCUGUUUUAUGAGCUGGAGGUGAGAGCCUCCGACGGCCUCUAUAAAGACUCUGCUGUCGUCAAGGUCAACGUCACAAACCUGACCGUGAGCGAUCUGCAGUUCCAGCAGACAGUCUACUCUGCCAGCGUUUCAGAAAACCUAAAGACAGUCAUAACUUUAGCUGCUCUCAAGGUCUCAGGAUGCUUUUUAAAUGAACCUCUGCUGUAUUCUGUCAUCAAUCCGGGAAAGUUUAAGAUUUCCCAGAGUUCAGGUGUGCUCGAAACCACAGGCGUUCCUUUUGACCGAGAGGAGCAAGACGUGUACGACGUCAUGGUAAAAGUGCAGGACAUGAGAGACCCGCCCAGAACAGCAACCGCACAGGUCAAGGUCUUCGUAGACGACGUCAACGACAACUCUCCACAAUUCCUGAACUUGCCGUUCUCCAUGAUGAUCUCUGAAGACUCUGAACCUGGAGAUGUUUUAUAUCAAGCGACCGCCGUCGACAGAGAUCAGGGGGAAAACGGUUCCAUCAUUUACUCCCUGGAGGAAGACUUUGACUUCUUCUGGAUAGAUCCAAACGUAGGCGACAUCUCUCUCAAAAAGCCGCUUGAUUUUGAAGCUCUAAACAAGUACGUGCUGACAGUCUUGGCCACAGAUGAAGGCAUGCCCAGUCACAGCACCACUUCCCAGCUUAGUAUUCAAGUGAGGAAUCAAAGUAACCCAGUUUUCCAAACACUCCUUUAUCCGCUCAAAGUCCCUGAAAAUGUUCCUCCGUUCACCACCAUCCUGCAUGUGCAGGCCAGGAACCCCGAGGGUUACCGGCUCAUCUACAACCUGGAGGAGGAAAACGCCUCCAAACAUUUUCACGUGGACUUCAAGACCGGCGUGCUGACGGUCACCAACCCUCUGGACUACGAGAGUCAGACUGCGCACACGCUGACCGUCCGAGCCACUGACGCUGUAACGGGAGCCUUCUCUGAGGCCUCCAUCGAAGUGGAGGUGGAGGACGUGAACGACAAUGCUCCCGUUUUCUCACCGCUAACGUACGCCGCAAACAUCGCCGAAGGGCUUCCAGUCAACACGUCCGUCACGCGGGUUUCUGCUUCAGACCAGGACUCUGGCAGAAACAAAGAUCUAACUUAUACCAUAGUUACAACGGACAACAACGAGGUUGAUUUCUUUGAGAUUAACCAUAAAACGGGCCUGAUUGUUACACGAAAAGUGCUGGAUUACGAAGAAAGAAAGCAUUUUCAUCUGAAAGUCAGAGCCACGGAUAAUGGCACGGUUCCUCUCAGCAGUGAAGCUUUCGUGACGAUAAACGUCACCGAUGUGAACGACAACCCUCCAGACUUCAUCACCUCUGAGUUCAAAGCCAAAUUAGAUGAGACGGCAAAUUGUGGUCAUUUAGUGGUGAAGAUCCAAGCUUCAGAUCCGGAUUCUGCUGACACCAAGAACCUCAGAUACAAAAUCCUCUCGGGGAACAGAGACAGAUACUUCAACAUCAACGAGUCCUCGGGGGUCAUCUCCUUCGCCAACGUUUGCAAGAGGAAUUUGGAUCCUUUCUACAACCUGACGGUGGCUGUGUCCGACGGAGUGUUUCAGAAAACUGCCCCUGUCACCAUAGAUAUGAUCAACAGCAACAGGCACAGCCCGUACUUCAAACAGAGCGUCUAUGAAGCAGAGCUGGCGGAAAACGCCCAGGCAGGGACUCGCGUGAUCCGACUAGCUGCCAUCGACCCAGAUGAAGGGCCGUACGGCAGCGUGGACUACACCAUCAUCAACAAGCUCGCAGACGAGAAGUUUGCCAUCCUCAAAGACGGACAGAUCAUCACCACUCAGCCACUAGACAGAGAGAACUCCACCCAGAAGGUGGUCGCUAUCAAAGUGAUGGCCAAAGACGGAGGUGGCAGAGUGGCGUUCUGCACCGUCAAAAUCAUUCUCACUGACGAGAAUGACAACGUUCCUCAGUUCAAAGCCUCUGAAUAUCAGGUUUCUAUCCAGUCGACCGUAAAUAAAGGCUCCCCAGUCAUCCAGGUUGUGGCUUAUGACGCCGAUGAUGGUAAAAACGCAGACGUGACCUACACCGUUGACGAGGCUGAGGAGGUCACAGAGGAUAUCAUCGAGAUCAACCCCUUCACCGGGGUUGUGAGUGUGAAGGAGAGCCUGGUGGGCAUGGAGAACAGGAUCUUUAACUUCAAAGUCAAAGCACGUGAUGGCAGCCUCCCCUUUUUCAACUCCACUGUCCCCGUUCAGAUGAAGGUGGUUCCUCCUAAAGUCCCCCUGCCAAAGUUCUCAGAGCCUCUCUACUCGUUCUCCCUCACCGAGGACUAUCCCAUCGGGAAGGAGCUCGGCUCGGUGAGGGCCGAGUCUGACGUGCCUCUUAUUUACAGCCUGGUGAACGGCAACACAGUCGAAAGCAACAAAGACAAAGUCUUCACUUUGGACAGGGAGAGUGGGACUUUGCUGCUGCAGAAGCCCAUCGAUCACGAGAAAACAAAGUGGUAUCAGAUAGACGUGAUCGCUCAGGGGAACCACAAUGGAACAGACGUCUCGUCGCUGGUCUCUGUCAGCAUCCAAGUCCUGGACGUCAACGACAACCAGCCGGUGUUUGAUGCCAGCCCUUACAGAGCUUUCCUGGCAGAAAACAUGCCGGCUGGAACCACGGUCAUUCAGGUGACCGCCAACGACCCGGACACGGACACCAACGGUCUGGUGACCUACAGCCUGGAGCCGCUGGUGGACGACGUCCAGCCGGACGUCUCCGAGGUCUUCUCAAUCGACGGAGACAGCGGCUGGAUCACCACUUUGCGAGCGGUGGAUUGUGAGCAAACGAGGAUUUACCGGUUCAAUGUGGUCGCCACCGACCACGGCGGCGACGAGAAGCUGUCAUCCAGCGUCCUGGUGGAGGUGAUGGUCACGGACGACAACGACAACCCGCCGACGUUUUCCGAGGAGGUGUACCGCGGCUCGGUGGUGGAGAACAUCACGCCCUUCGAACCCAUCGUCUCCAUGACGACCUCAGACGCCGACGUGGCUCUGCAGAACCGGCUGGUGACGUGCUACAUCACAGACGGAGACCCUCUGGGCCAGUUCGCCAUCAUCCAGGAGGACGAGAACCAGUGGGGUCUGAUAGUGAAGGACAGUCUGGAUCGGGAGACCAAAGACAGGUUCACCCUGAAAGUGACCGCCACCGACGGCAAGUUCGAGGCCCCCGUCACGGUGGAGGUCCACGUGCUGGACCUGAACGACAACAGCCCAACGUGUGAGCAGCUGCUCUACACAGAAACGGUGAUGGAGAACUCCGGCCCGGGAGUGUUCCUGCUCAAAGUCUCGGCCUCUGAUCCAGACGUCGGAGCCAACGGCGAGAUCUCCUACACUCUCCACGGUCCAGAUGCAGACAAGUUCCACCUGGAACAGCGGACAGGUAAUCUCUUAACCCUCGCUGUGCUGGACCGGGAGACGGAUGCAGAGCUCAACCUGGUGGCCAAGGCGACGGACGGUGGCGGCCGAUCGUGCCAGGCCGACAUCCGGCUCGUGGUGCAGGACAUGAACGACAACCAGCCGCAAUUCUCCUCCAGCCACUACGAGGUGACGGUGUUCGACAACACCACGGUGCGCACGCCCAUCGCCGUCAUCUAUGCCAAAGACCCAGACGCCGGUAUAAACUCGGAGGUGAAGUACUCGCUCAUCGCCGGUGAUGGUGGUUAUUUCUCCUUGGAUGAGUUUUCGGGGGUCCUGCGGCUGGAGCGACCUCUGACCCCCGAAACGCCACCAGCCUUUGUCCUAAAGGUGAAGGCCACCGACCGCGGCCUGCCUCGCCAGCUCUACUCGACCGCCACAGUGACGGUGGACGUGGUCUCCCUGGACGACUACCAGCCCGUCUUCCUGAGCGCAGAGUACACGGCGCAGCUGCCGGAGUCCCUGCCGGUUGGCUCGGAGGUCCUGAGCGUGUCGGCGCUCACCACAGACGGCGGCGGGCCGGACCCCGUCGUGUACCACAUCAUUUCUGGAAACGAAGACAAGCGGUUUCUGCUGGACGCUCACACAGGCCUUCUGACCCUCAUGGCGCCGCUUGACUUUGAAGUUUCGCGGGAGUACUUCUUGUCUGUGGAGGGGAGCCGAGGCAAGUCCCCCCUCAAAGACAUCACCACCGUCAUCAUCAACGUGACCGACGUCAACGACAACGCGCCAGUGUUUGGACAAGGCGAGCGUAGUGUGGACGUAUCCGAGGACCUGACGCCGGGAAGUCUGGUGAUGAGGGUAACAGCCACUGAUCAGGACGGUCCGAUCAAUAACCUCCUGCGGUACUCCAUAGUGAGCGGUGACCUUCUGCAGCAGUUCUCUAUAGACCAUCGCAGCGGAGAAAUUACAGUCCGCACCGCUCUGGACAGAGAGCAGAUCCCUCAUUACUCUCUGACGGUGCAGGCGGCCGAUGAAGGCAGCCCCCCUCUGUCAUCCGCCGUCCUCAUCACCAUCACCGUCAGCGACGUUAACGAUAACCCCCCAGUCUUCUCUCAGGUUAAACACCAUCUUCUGCUGCAGGAGGGCGAGGCCGUCGGCAGCACCAUCCUGCAGCUUGUCGUGACAGACAGGGACACGCCCAAAAACGGCCCGCCGUUCUCCUUCCACAUAGUCAGCGGCAAUGAGGACCGGCGUUUCCACGUGGACCAGGGCGGUCUGCUGUCGCUCUCUGCUCCCCUAAGGAAGAAGAUCCGACCCCACCACCAGCUGAAGAUCCAGGUGACAGACAGCGGCCAUCCUCCUCUGUCCUCCAUCUGCGUGGUCAACAUCAACGUCACCGAGCAGAGCAAGUAUCCUCCCUCUGUCACGCCGCUGGAAGUCUUCAUCACCACCACCGGAGGGCUGUUCCCGAACAGGGUCAUCGGCUGGGUCCAUGCGGCAGAUCAGGACCUGCAGGACGUGCUGAUCUAUAAACUGGUGUCACCGAAUCACGGAAACAAGUUUUCUAUUGACUCCAGCAACGGGAAGCUUUGUGCUGAAGGGCCUCUGGAGGACGGCUCGUACGCUCUGAACGUCAGCGUCAGCGAUGGGAAGUUUACUGUCUGGACCGGGGUUAAAGUUCACGUGUGGGCAGCCAGUCAGAGAGUUCUGGACUCCGGCCUAACUCUGGUACUGUCAGGAAUGACGGCAGAAGACUUCCUGGGCGACCACUGGAGGGGCCUCCAGCGCAGCCUGAGUCAGGCUCUGGGUCUGCCCCGACAGCAGCUUCACCUGGCCAGCAUGCAGCAGCUGUCCGACGCCAAAGUCCUGGAGGUCCUGCUGGUUUGGAAGCCUGAAGACGGACUUCCCCGGUCCCUUCCGACCACCAGGAUUGCAGGGAUCGUCUCGGACAUGGAGGACUCUCUGGGACUCAGCAUUCUCAGGGUCAGCCACAACGGCUGCCUGGACAGCGGCUGCCCCCCACGCGACUGCCGGAACGCCGUGCUGCUGUCUCCAGAGACUCUCGGCCUCUUCUCCACCAACAGAGCCAGUUACAUCACCCCACAGCACCGCUGGGAGAGCGUCUGCCCCUGUAACGAGUCGGCUCUGAGGUUCGACAGCAGGUCCUACCUGAAGUACCUGCACGGGCAGGACGAGGACAGCCGGGAGUUCCAGCUCUCGUUGAGGCUCAAGACGGUCCAAGAGCAGGGCCUCAUCAUGUCCACACACGGUGCCAGCGACUGGGCAGAUCUGCAGGUGACUGAAGGUGAGCUGCAGCUCAGGUACGAAUGUGGAAAGGCCUCCCCUGGAACGCUGCAGAUCCACUCCUACCCAGUGGUGGACGGUCAAUGGCACAGCGUCCUGCUCGAGGUCAGCUCCACCUUUCUGAGACUGACCGUGGACAGGCAGCGUCCCGCCUCCGUCUCCCUGACAGAGCCGUGUCGAAUGCUGCGCUCCCACGGCGCCCUGCUGUUCGCCUCUGUGUCUCCGGGCGCCACGGAGGAGAUCCACCAGCAACAACAGGACUUCAUUGGCUGCCUGGAGGGCCUGCGGUUCAACAAAGAGCCAAUCGCAGUGGGUGAUGCGCAGGAGUGGGCGGGGUCGGGGAGCAGGAGGGUGUUUGGGGUUUACCGGUGCUGCGGCGGGGCAGGCGGCUGCAGCCACCACAAAUGCAACAAUGGAGGGGUCUGCAAAGAGGAUGCUGCUGGAGAGCCUCAGUGCAGCUGUGAAGGCCUGUUCCACGGCGCCCACUGCGAGCUGUCUAAGAACCCGUGUGCCUCGCAGCCAUGUGCGCACGGCUCAAUGUGCACGCCGCAGGCUGAUGGGUACAAGUGCAACUGCUCAAAGGAAAACCCUCAAGCCAGGUGUCACUGCUCCACCAGUUCCUGUUCUGGAGGCUUCGACUGUGAGGUUCUGGACGAUCAGAUCCGAUGCACACUGCCACAGCUUUCUUCAGGGAUAGGCUUUGUGGAAAUCAUACAGAUUUGUGCGAGCGUGCUCGGACUCCUGUCGCUGGUCGUCAUCUUUGUCAUCAUAAGAAAACGAUACGUUCAGCAUAAGAAGAAAAAGCCUGCUUGCGUUCAGGACUCCAACGGCUGUUUCCAAUCCAGUCUGGGUAAAGACGCCAAGGCAACUUCUCAGGAAGUCAACCCCAUGGAGAUGAACUCACUUGUCGGCUCCACCAACAACCUGGACCACACGCCGUUCCGAUCGCUAAGACCCAGGAGCCAGAUCAGUUCGUCCGGAGGCAGAUCGCCAAAGACGCAUGGACCGGUUGUGUGCAGCGUCGCUCCUAAUCUUCCCGCCAGACCGCCAUCCAGCUCUGACAACGACUCCAUCAGAAAAGGCCACUGGGACAUGGACUAUGAAGUGUACCCAGCUGAUCCAGACUACUACGGUCGUCCCAGCGUUCAGGAGUUUCCACAGUUCGACAUCGUAGAGGACACUUACUCCACCUCCACUGUGGACUCUCGCAGGAACUCUCGAUUCGGGGGCUUCCCUUUCCCCCUGGACCGCUGUGACCGGCGUGCUCCGCUGCCGCCGUGCUACAGCAACCAGAACCUGGAUGACUUUCUGGGUCCCGACGGGCUCCCUCUGCCGAGGUCUCAGUGCCCGAACGAGUACACCGCCGUCAGCUACUACCCCGCCCAGCACGCACGCAGCCUGGACAACGUCUCCGGAGGCUACAAGAGGCUCAGCAUGCGUUUGAGCAUGGCCAUGCCGUCUUACGCGGAGCAUGCCGACCCACCGCCGCCGAACGCCGCCCAGCCUCAAACUCGACCCGCGAGGCAGAACCUGCACAGCUACGACGGUUCCAGCAUGGUGGGGAGCGAUUAUGGAAGCUGUGAGGAGGUCAUGUUUUAGGGGAAAAUGCUCCAUUUCUGCUGAUUAUUUAUUUUAGUUUGAAAUGUGAACUUGACUGGAGCAGCCCCCCCACCCCAACUGCUCCCCUUACCUAAGGCAGCUCGAGGAUCUGAUCAGGUGAUCUGAUCCAUUCCUCUCCCGGAUAAAGGCUCUACGGCCGAGAACGGGGCAGUCGUCUUUGAUUUGAUCGACUUUUAAAGUCUUACCCUGCCGGAGAGCCGACCGAGGUCAUUCAAGGUCGCUGUUUACCUCAGCAGGGAAGUUCAGCAGAAGUUCAUCUUUUGGUAAAAGAGACACUGCCGGGAGCGCUCGCUGACUCAUUAUGGCUGUGAAAUCAUGGACAGUAUUACUGACUUCGCUGUGCACUCUUCAGAUGACGCCGAAUAUGUCUACGUGGAAGAAAAAAAUCUGUUUGCACGCCGUUUCCCCUUCGUGUCUUUACAUCUGUCUGAGAGGGCGACCACUGUGUACACAAUAAGUCCAGAUGUGUUGCACUGAAUGAAAAGCGCCAGUGAGAUGUUUAUGGUAAUGCAUAGAGUUAAAUGUAUUAGAAGUGAGGUGAACCACAUUUCAUGCAGCAGAAACAUUUCAACGUCCGAUUGGUGAUUUAUAUUUUUGAUGUCUGUCGCUCAGAAGAGGGCUGGAUCCUCUUACAAAUGAGAAAAACUAUAAAAAAGGUGGUACUUUUCGUUUUUACAGUGGUACAUUCAUCAAUACUGUAUGGAUCUUGCAGAUUUUGGCUCUCUAAACCCCCCCAAACCCCCCCAAGUGUGCAGUGCUGCUGCCUUGGACUUAAUAAGGAGUACUUUGAACAGCAGAAAACACGUUGAUGCAGCAAAUUUUAAUAGUGCAAAUAUACUGCUUCUCAGAUAAAAGGAAUGCUUGUUUAGGUCAAAAGCAAGUUGUGCUGAAUGCAGCACAUUAAAGCAGUAUGUGUUUGAAGUGCAGGGGGGUCAGUAUUUAUAAGUGGAUCCUGUCUCACCUGCAGCUGACAGCAGUGACGGGAUCACAGGUAAAACCCCAGCCUCCACGCUCUAACCUGCAUUUUGAAUGCAUGACUGGACUGUGUGAUGCAAAAUCAAUGAGUUUGUUUAAUCAAAAAGAGUAAAAAAAAAAAAAAAAAAAUUGAAGCCCCGUUUCCAUCUUUUAAAGUGGAUAAAUGAACGCUGUUGUUGGAUGGAAGGAAUGUCUCCAACAUGUUUGAUCCAGACGGAUAAUAAAACUGUUCAAAUCAUUUGUUUUUAUCCUGGGAAAGCCCCCCCCCCUCUUAAAGCACGUGAUGUUUUUAUGCUCAAUUGUUGAUUAGAAAAACAAUAAUGAUCAUGUGUGACAGCAGAGAAUCACCGCCACGUCCACAAUUCAAAUAAAUAUCUGUCAUUUAUAAAACCUUUUUCUCACAACUACAUGUUUAAUAUAAACAUUAUGGUAUAACUUUUAUUAAUACAAUAGUGAAUUUUUCAGAAAAGCGUGAAAUUAUAAGAAAUUGCUUUUUAAAAAAAAGGUUUCAUGGAAUUAAUGAGUCAAGAUCCCAUUCUGAUAAAACUGUUCCAAAUAUCUUGACUUUUUGACUUCCUGGUUCAGCAGAGUGACCUGUUCUGCAUAUCUGAGGCUUUUGCAUGCUGAAGUCAUAACUCCCCACUAUAGGAACCUAAGAGAGCGGGUUGACCUCCAGUCGUUUACCGUCAGAUCUCUGCCCUCACUGCCGGUAAUUUAAAGUAAGAUGAAACUUGAGGAGGAAUAAUCCAGAACGGGUUGUGUGUGUGUAUUCUCACUGGUUUGUUAUCAUGCAGGUUUUGUGUUGUACUGUGCAAAGAUUUAAAUGUUGAAUGUGUGUUAGAUUUGUUUAUUUUUGUAUCAGUGUAGACCCAUCCAUGUUUUCUCUGUGAGCAUUUUUUUUCCAAAGUUGAGAUUCCUGUUCUGUUUCCAAAACUAAAGAAAAUAUAAAUAAAGUAUUCUAAAUAUUA